UUCUCAUCCUCAGAGAGAGGCUUAGGCCAGAGCAUCUUUCCCCGCUGAAAGUAAAACCUCUUGCACUCUACUCUCUCCUCUUCUCCGCUAAAAAUAUUGAUAUCCAUUUAGAAUCCCUAAUCACACAUUCUGCCGAGGGAUGGCAGGUGGCUCCCACCCCAAAUCCUCGACUCAAAAACCCCCCCCCUCCUCCUCUUCCUCCACCCCUGCCCCCGACCGCAAAUCCCGUUGGGAAUCCACCGCCACCAACAACAACAAUCCACAACCACGGCAAUCCAACCAGAAACUCCAUAAACCAAACCCUACCCCAAAGCCCAACACUGGCCCAUCCCCCAAGCCCGCUACUUCUACUGCAUGCCCAAUCCAACCUCCACAAGUCCCUCCGUUCCCAUUCCCAGACCUUGGGCCUCCUCCACCACCUACAUACGGCUUUCACAUGCUUGAACGCCGCACUAUUGUGCUCGCCAACGGCAGCGUCCGCUCUUACUUAGCUCUCCCACCAGAUUACCAAGACUUCCCUCGUCCUCCUCUUCCGCCGCGGUUCCUUCACCGGGGGGGCCACCUCGACUUUCUCCCCACUGGGCCCCGCUUCCCUCCAUCGAACCCUGAUGCGUUAGGUUUUCAAAACCAGAAUCAAAAUCAAAAUAAGAGGAAAUUUGAUGAGGAAUCAGUGAAGCAAGGGAAUAGUAGUAGUAGUUAUUCAAAUUGGAAAAAUUACACUUUGGGGCCGGAUAAUCGAGUUUCCGGAACGACUAGUGUGGCGGGUGAAAUGAGAGCAGGAAAGCAAAUGAGGAUUGGUAGUGGUGAUGAUGUAGGGUUGGCUAAUAGAAAUAAUAACAGGAAUUUUGAUGAAGUGAACCAGAGUGAAUUAAAGAAAGCCUUUUUUCAUUUUGUGAAGGUGAUUAAUGAGAAUGAGACCGACAGAAAGAAGUAUUUAGAGGAUGGCAAGCAGGGGCGGCUUCGGUGUGUGGCUUGUGGCAGGUCUUCCAAAGACUUCCCAGACAUGCAUGCGCUUAUAAUGCACACGUAUAGCUCAGAUAAUGCAGAUGUGCGUGUGGAUCACUUGGGCUUACAUAAAGCUCUCUGUAUUCUAAUGAGAUGGAAUUAUUCGAUGCCUCCUGAUAACUCAAAGGCCUAUCAGUUCUUACCUGCUGAUGAAGCAGGGGCAAACCAGGAUGAUUUGAUUAUGUGGCCACCAAUGGUGAUAAUUCAUAACACAAUUAGAGUGAAGAGUAAAGAUGGGCGAAUGGAAGGUUUGGGAAACCGAUCAAUGGAUAGCAAAAUGAGAGAUCUUGGAUUUGUGGUUGGCAAGUCAAAGUCCUUGUAUGGAAGAGAUGGUCAUCUAGGCAUUACUCUUGUAAAGUUUGGUGGUGAUCAAUCAGGACUGAAAGAGGCUAUACGGAUGGCAGAAUACUUUGAGAAGGAUAAUCAUGGACGCAAGGCUUGGGGUUGCCUACAGCCUGUGACAUUGGGCAAGGAUGACGAGAAAAAUCCGAGCCUUGUGAAGGUGGAUCAGAGUGGGGAAAAAACCAGGAUUCUAUAUGGUUAUCUUGCAACAGCUGCUGAUCUCUACAAGGUUGAUUUUGAGACAAGGAAGAAGGUUGUGAUUGAGAGCCUGCGGGAAUACGAAGCAUCCAAGUAGAUUUGUCAUGACAAAAAAAAAAGCUUGUGGUACGCAGGAACUUUACAGGUUCAAGCUGUUAUUCGUCCAGUAAUUGUUAGACAUUAGUGGACAUCACACGUGGAAAAGCAGAGUUUGCCAGCAUUGAUUAUGCAAGCUAUCAUAUACCUGUGCUAGCUAGACAUAUGAUUAGAUGCAUGGGAAAAGGGGGAUUUCUCUCGUAGGAAAAGUCUCCAUGUGAGUGGCUUGUGAAGUCGGGAUGCCAGAUGAAGAUGUUUUCUUUGGAAUUGAAUAGGCAACAACUCGCGUGGUGGUUGGACGCUUUAGUACGAUGCUGCGUAGCUGGCUUCUUUGGAAUUUAAGCAAAUCGGCCAUUCCAAAGUCACGGGUAAUUUGAAGAUUUUCUCGUGUUUCGUUCUGCAUGCUCCUCCUUUUUUUCACUGGCGAGUGUAAUGUUAAUGGCUGGAUGAAUGAUUGGUGAUUGGGUCGCUCUCAGACAGGAUAUAAACUGUGAUCCUAUGCCCUUUCAAAGAUUCAAGAGAAGAAUAGACAUCUGGUAACCCACGCUUUUUAGAAAUUGUACAAGGUGGUGAUGUUUUGAUCGUGGCCAAUUAUUUCCCGGUGUCCUUGAAGAGGACAAUCGUUAUCUUAUCACUACUUAUCGUGUUUGCAAUUAUCGUCCUUGCUGCUUUCCGAGCUUGAAAAUACCCCCUCGUGACGUCAUCUGCUUUUUUUUUGCUAGUCUUUCCUGUCCUCCCCGCCUUGUACUAUUACUAUUGAAAUACAUGAAUGUUUCCGUCCCUUCUAGUCUGCACUUCACAUCCGUUCUGUUGCUGGUCAGAUUUAUUUUGAACAUAAAAAUAAAUAAAUAAAUAAAGGCACUGUUAAUA